AUGGCCCAGAAGCUCGCCUACGACUCCGCCGACGGCGCCACCCCCGAGGCCAAGUACGACUCCUUCAUCGCCAUCCUCAGCGAGUCCCUCCGCAUCAUCGCCGGCACCCUCGAGAUCCACGGCGUCAAGCCCGCCACCGAGGAGGUCAAGGGCCCCAUCCCCGCCGCCGAGAUGCAGGCCGUCAACCAGAUCGACACCGCCUUCAGGAUUGCCGCCACCGCCGCCGACGCUGCCCCCGUCAACGACAAGUUCACCGUCUUCGAGUCCGCCUUCGACAAGGCCAUCAAGGAGACCACUGGCGGCGCAUACGCGGGCUACAAGUUCGUCCCUGCCCUCGAGUCCGCCGUCAAGAAGGCCUACGCCGCCACCGUUGCCGAGGCGCCCGAGGUCAAGUUCACCGUCUUUGAGGCCGCCCUCACCAGGACCAUCGCCGCCAUGUGCGUCGCAGCCAAGGGCGCCGCCGGCGCCUCUAACGGAACUGAUGCUGCCGGUGCUCCCGCCGCAGAAGCAGCAACCGCCACUCCCACUCCCGCCGCCGAAGCAGCAGCAGCAACCACCACUCCCACUCCCGCCGCCGAAGCAGCAGCAGCAACCACCACUCCCACUCCCGCCGCCGCUGCCGGUGGCUACAAAGCUCCCGCCGCCGAAGCAGCAGCAGCAACCACCACUCCCACUCCCGCUGCCGCUGCCGGUGGCUACAAAGCUCCCGCCGCCGAAGCAGCAGCAGCAACCGCCACUCCCGCCGCCGCUGCCGGUGGCUACUAG